AUGUGCUUGACGAGUUUAAUCUUCGGCAAGGGUGGCUUAAAGUUCGACCCCGAGAUAAUCACAGGGGCGCAAAAGGGUGACACCAUCAGAUAUUCCUUCUUCGCCGCCAACCACUCAGUAGUCGAGUCCAAUUUUGCCGACCCGUGCGUACCUCUUAAUGGAGGUGCCUUCAGUGGGUUCGUACCAACGGCGUCGCCAGACAAGGCCUCGGCCACGACAUUUACCAUCGAGCUGAACGACACAAAGCCGAGGUGGAUCUACUGCAGUCAAGGGGCACAUUGCAAGAGUGGCAUGGUCCACUCCAUCAAUGCACCAACAUCGGGCAACACCCACGACGCAUACAAACAAAAGGCCAGCCAGGCUACACCAUCGUCGCCCCAGAGCAAACGGCCGGUUGGAGGUGUUCGUGAGGUCACAGUCGAGGUCGCGCCCGCCGGCGAGCUCCGCUUCCAGCCCAACAACAUCACCGAGCCAGCAGGGACUGUCGUCAAGUUCAACUUCAACCCGGCCAACCACACCGUGACAUCUUCGUCCUUUGACAAGCCGUGCGAGCCCAACCAGGAUGGUUUCAGCAGUGGCUUCAUACCGACGCAACAGAGCCCCUCUGGCGUCAGCUUCCACAUCGAGGUCAAGGAUGAGAAGCCAGUUUGGUUCUACUGCGCUGCCGGACCUGCGACUGGUGGCCACUGUUCCAAAGGCAUGGUGGGCGCCAUCAACGCCCCCGCGUCCGGCAACACGCUCGAGGCCUUUGUGGAAAAGGCCAAGACCGUCCUGGCAGCAUCCAUCCCGCCCAAGGCACCCAUCGGCGGCGUCGUGACGGCAAACGGCACGCAAAUCGCCACCUUCAACGGCAACGUGCUCAACGUCCAGGUCCUCGACAAGGGCGUCAUCUCCCACGUCCCCAAGCCCGGCGACAACACCACCGAGGCCAUCUCGGGCAUGGCCGGAGGCUCCCAGCCGCUCAACUACGGCUGGGGAGAGACGCUGAGCCCGGCAGCCCUCGAACACCUCGAGGUCCUGCUGCUCAUCGACAAUGCCAUCCUCGACGGGCUGUGGGACGGCUUCGACCGCCUCAAGGCCGGCAACGCCUGGGCCGGCGUGUGGCCCCCCGCCAUCGUCUCCGUCAUCGGCGGCGCCGCAGCCCAGGCGCUGGUCCACCGCACCACCCUCACCGACGCGCUGCAGCACUUCAACCAGGGCGUCAAGCCCGCCUGCCGCGUGUCCUUCCCCACCGGCAGCAUCGACGAGUGGCUGGCCGCGGUGCAGAACCUCCUGACCCUGCAGAUCGGCGUGCUCACCGACGCCAUCACGCAGCUCGCCUCGUCGGACCCCUGGCUCGUCCCGGCGCUGGGCACGCAGAUCGGCGCCAAGUCCCGCAGCAGCGCCGUCGUCAACAUGAUCCAGCGGCACAAGGCCUCGCCCGCGGCCCGCGAGCCGCUCCUGCCCGCCAAGCUGGCGCUGUCGUUUGUGCGCCGCGAGUUUGUGCAGUCGUGCCCCGAGGAGAUCAAGGGCGGCCUCGCGGCGGCCAAGCAGCUGCCCGAGCUGACCUUUUCCGACAGGAAGAAGCUCGGCUCCACCGACAGCGUCACGGCGGUCAACGUGGUGAUACCCGCCGAGGCGCCCGGCGACGGCGAGCUGUACGUCGCUUGGAUCGGGGCCUGGGGCAGCCUGCAGUUCACGGUCGUGCGCAGGAGCGACGGGUUCGCGACCGUGCCGGCAAACAUGUACGGCACGCUGUGGGCGGUGCUGACGACCAAGCAGAACGUCAAGCUGCAGGAGGUCGCCGACGUGGCAGUCGCUGGGCCGGAGCCUAUUUGGGUGGCCGAUCCUUCUUCUUAG